CCGGAAGUGACGUUGUUUCAUUGGGUCUCGGCCGGCGGCGGGAUCUCUCCUUGUUGUUGUUUUUUAACGGGAACAUUAACCAGUAUUUCAGUCUCUAAAGCUCCAGAUACACCUCCACACCUCCAGCCUGAUGGGAGACAGCGAUGACGAGUUCGACCGGAGGAGGCGGGACAAGUUCCGGAGAGAGAGGAGCGACAUGGAGCGAUCGAGGGAGCGGGAAGAGAGGAGGCGGGAAGACUGGCCCGACAGGGACUGGGAGCGCGGCAGAGAGAGGAGGAGGGAUUACGACCGCGGCCGCAGAGAGAGGUUUUCUCCCCCCCGACACAUCAGCCCUCAGCACAAACGCAUGAGGAGAGACUGGGACGACCACCGGGGGGAGCCGUACCGCUACGAAAUGCCAUAUGGAGGAGGGGGCGGGGCUCCGUUUCAGGGGGCGGGGCCACAGGGCUGGCACCCCGAACUCCCUCACCUUCACCCGCACCAUGGGGGGCACCCGCUGCAGGGCAGGUUAGGGAUGAUGGAUCCUGACCUCCCCCCUCCAGGCCCCCCCACCAUGAGGAGCUUCAAGGACUUCCUGCUGAGCAUGGAGGACAGCGUGGACGAGACAGAGUCGGUGAAGCGCUAUAACCAGUACAAGCUGGACUUCCGGCGGCAGCAGCUGCAGGACUUCUUCCUGCAGCACAAAGACCACGAGUGGUUCAGGUCCAAAUAUCACCCCGAUGACAUCACAGCCAAGAGGGCGGAGUCUCUGAGCGCCCUGAAGACCCGCCUCAGCGUCUUCCUCUUCCUGCUCGACAACAGCUGGCUGGACAGCCUGACGCUGGACAUGGAGCAGGCCCCCGCCAUCAUCAAGCUGCUGGACGCAGCGGUGAUAAAGAUGGAGGGCGGGACGGACCUGGACCUGCAGGUGCUGGAGCUCCCGGCUGCAGGGGGGGAGGCAGGAACAGCUGGGGGUGGACCAACUACAGCAGGGGGAGAGAAGAGCCCGGUUGAGCCAAUGGGGGGAGGCGCUCAGACGUCAGAGGUGAAGGCGAGUCGAGAGGAGGCGAGUCGACCUGAGAAGGAGAGGAAGGAGGCGAAGGGGAGGAAUAAGGCCUGUGAAAAGGAAGCCAAGCAGAACGGGGAGAAGGAGAAAGAUGAGGGUGAAGAGGGGGAGGAGGAGGAGGAGGAGGAGGAGGGGGAGAAGAAGAAGAAGAAGAAGAAGGACGACGACGACGAAGAAGACAGGAAGAGGAAGCGCAGCGUGUCGGUGGACAGCGGCGAGGGCAGCGAAUCAGAAUCCUCCAAUUCUGAGGGGGAGGACAAUGAGGAAGAGGAGGAGAAGGAGGAAGAGGAGGAGGAUGGAGAGACUGCGCGCCGGAAGGAGCGAGGCGACAGGAAGGAGCGGGAGAAGGAGAUGCCGGCUAAGCCCCGCCCCCUUCACCUCACCACCUCCCUGUUCAUCAGAAGCAUCCCCCCUGAGUUCUCCAAGGAGGACAUCACUAAUUUGUGCCGCAGGUACCCCGGCUUCCUGCGGGUGGCGCUGUCAGACCCUCAGCCCGAGAGGAGGUUCUUCCGGCGCUGCUGGGUGACGUUUGAUCGCAGUGUGAACAUAAAGGAGACGUGCUGGAACCUGCAGAACAUCCGGCUCAGGGACAGUGAGCUGUCUCCGGUGGUGAACCGAGACCUGUGUCGCCGUGUGCGUUGCGUAAAUGGUCUGACGCAUCACCGGCCCGUCGUCAGGAACGACAUCCGGCUGUCGGCCCGACUCAUCCACAGCCUGGACCUGAAGGGGGCGCUGUGGCAGGGACAGAUGGAGACGAACCCGGUUCUGAAGAACAUCACAGACUUCCUGAUCGAGGAGGUGAGCGCCGAGGAGGAGGAGCUUAUCGGAGCGUCGGGGGGGAACGAGGAAGACAAAGACCCCGCCUCCUUCUCCUCAGAGGUCGCCGUGGAGACCGACGACAAGCUGAUCAAGGUGUUGGACCGGUUGCUGCUGUACCUGCGUCUCGUUCACUCGGUGGAUUAUUAUAACUUCUGCGAGUAUCCGGCCGAGGACGAGAUGCCACAUCGCUGCGGACUCAUCCACGUCCGGGGCCCGCUGCCCGCAGCCAGGAUCACUGCAGCCGAGGUGAGCGAGCACCAGAGGAUGUGUGAGGAGCGUCUGGCUCCUCUGCUUUCGGCUUCAGAGUCUCUGAGUGAAGAGGAGGCGGCCAAGCUGGGGAAGAAGGACCCGGAACAAGAGGUGGAGAAGUUCCUGGUGGCGAACACUCAGGAGCUCAGCAAAGACAAGUGGCUCUGUCCUCUGAGCGGGAAGAAGUUCAAGGCUCCAGAGUUUGUGCGUAAACACAUCCUGAACAAACACGGAGACAAAGUGUCCGCCGUCAGACAGGAAGUCGUCUUUUUCAACAACUUCCUGUUGGACGCCAAGAGACCCGCCCUCCCUGAGAACAAGCCCCUCCCCCCUCCGCCACAAGCCGCUUCUCAGGGUAUGACAUCAUUUCCUGGUCAGUCUCCGCAGCAGCAAAGCCUUCUGGGAUAUCCUCCUGGAGUCAGACCCCCCAUGCCCGGCUUCCCUGGUGGCGGACCCCUCUACCCCCCCACCCAGUUCGGAGCAGGGCGAGGUUACAAUGACAACUUCAGGGGUCAUUUAGGAGGAGGAGGAGGAGGGGGAUUCCCCGGGAAACAACGGAACAACAGGGGUGUUCGUGGGGACCCGCGAUCGAUCAUCGAGUACCGGGACCUCGAUGCUCCCGACGACCUCGACUUCUUUUAGACAGGAAAACUUUUUACCCUUUUUUUACUCCUCAACGUCUCCCAUGAUCCCUCAUCAACCUCCGUCAAGCCUUUUUUUUUUAGUUAGUCAAUUGUCUGUGUGUCAUGGUGUGUGUGUGUGUGUGUGUGUCAGGGUGUGUGUGUGGGACCAACGUCAGUCAUUACUGACCUGAAAUCUUUCCAAUAAAGAAACAGGAAGACUAA